AUGCCAGACGAGAAGCAAAACAUCACCCCCGACUCCGGGUCGGGCGGCAGCCCACUAACCCAGCCUGCUCACACACAAACUUAUGAAGCCGUGAUCAAAGAACUCAGCACUGGACUGGACGAGGGUCUGGCACCUGACGAAGCGAGUCGUCGUCUACAGCAAUAUGGUCCCAAUAAACUGGACGAAGGCGAAGGCGUAUCGUUAGUCAAGAUUUUCGUGCGCCAGGUAGCCAACGCAAUGAUGCUAGUGUUGAUUCUGGCCAUGGCGGUCAGUUUUGGAAUUCGGUCCUGGAUUGAGGGCGGAGUGAUUUGCGCUGUCAUUGUCUUGAAUAUCAUUGUUGGGUUCUUCCAGGAGUAUGCCGCGGAAAAAACCAUGGAGUCGUUACAUUCGCUGUCUUCGCCGACGGGAAUUGUCUCGAGAGGUGGUCAGACAUUCUCGGUGCCAUCAUCAGAGAUUGUGCCGGGUGACAUGGUCGAAAUGAGAACGGGGGAUACCGUUCCAGCAGAUAUUCGUUUGGUUGAGGCAGUCAACUUUGAGACCGAUGAGGCUCUCCUGACUGGCGAGUCCCUGCCCGUCCAGAAGGAAUGCGACUCGAUAUUUAAAGAAAAUACUGGCCCUGGAGAUCGCCUCAACAUCGCCUAUAGUUCUAGUACCGUCACACGUGGUCGUGCCCGUGGUGUGGUUGUCAGUACAGGCAUGGCUACUGAAAUCGGUUCUAUUGCCCUUGCCUUGCGGGCCAGUGACAGCAAACGUCGUCCCGUGAAGCGCGGUCCCAACGGUGAGACCAAGAAACGUUCGUACGUUCAGGCCUGGACUCUCACCUGGACGGAUGCCGUGGGUCGAUUCCUCGGUGUCAAUGUCGGAACGCCCUUACAGAGGAAGCUCUCAAAGCUUGCUUGUUUACUAUUUGGAAUCGCCGUUGUGUUUGCUAUCAUUUGCAUGGCUGCAAACUUAUUUAGCAGCAACACCGAGGUCAUUAUGUAUGCUGUUGCCACCGGUAUUAGUAUGAUUCCGGCGUGCCUGGUCGUCGUGCUCACUAUAACCAUGGCAGUGGGUACCAAACGAAUGGUUGAGCGGAACGUGGUUGUCCGCAAAUUAGACUCUUUGGAGGCCCUUGGGGCCGUGACCGAUAUUUGUUCCGACAAGACCGGUACAUUGACUCAGGGUAAGAUGGUUGUGAAAAAGGCAUGGAUUCCGUCUCGAGGGACGUAUUCUGUCGGCCCAUCCAACGAGCCUUUCAACCCUACCGCUGCAGAUGUUUCUUUUAUCCCCCUGCCUCCUCUACAAGUACAAUCCAAUGAGAAGGAAGGUACUGCUGCGGAAACCCCCGAAGGUCUGGUCUUGGGAAACCGCCAGUUGGAAGACUUUCUAGACGUCGCUUCUAUGGCCAACCUCUCUCAUGUUUACAAGUCCGAGGAAGGCGAAUGGCACGCGCGAGGUGAACCCACAGAAAUUGCUAUUCAUGUAUUUGCAUCAAGAUUCAACUGGAACCGCGAACGCUGGACUAAGGGUCAGGGUGCAGUGUGGCACCAAAAGGCUGAAUUCCCAUUUGACUCAACUGUCAAGAAAAUGUCCGUGAUUUUCAACAAAAUCACCCCCCAUGAAGAUCACACAAUGGUGUUUAGCAAGGGUGCGGUCGAGCGUAUCACAGACUCUUGCACCUCCGUUGUCUGGGAUCAGGAUUCAUCUACCCCUAUUCCAAUGACCAACGACCACCGCGAAAAGAUUCUCCAGAACAUGGAGGAACUCGCUAAAUUAGGACUUCGCGUCUUGGCCCUGGCCAACAAACCGUACAAUUUCAAGACCCAGCUGCUCGAAGACUCCGACAUGAAUCGGGAAGAUGCAGAAAAUAAUCUCUGCUUCCUUGGACUGAUCGGUUUGUACGAUCCCCCGCGCCCCGAGACAGCGGGUUCAAUUCAGGCCUGCUACCGAGCUGGUAUAGUUGUCCAUAUGGUCACUGGUGAUCAUCCUGGCACAGCCAAAGCGAUUGCCCAGCAAGUCGGAAUUCUUCCAGCUGAUUUCAAUGCCGUCGCGGCUGAUGUUGCGGACGCCAUGUUAAUGACUGCCAGUCAAUUCGACAACCUAAACAACGAGCAGGUAGAUGCGCUGCCGACACUGCCUUUGGUCAUUGCACGAUGUGCUCCGCAGACAAAGGUGCGCAUGAUCGACGCCCUUCAUCGCCGUGGCCGCUUUGCCGCUAUGACUGGCGAUGGAGUGAAUGAUUCUCCUUCGCUCAAGCAUGCCGACGUUGGUAUCGCUAUGGGACAGGCAGGGUCGGAUGUGGCCAAAGAUGCGUCUGAUAUUAUCCUCACAGAUGAUAACUUCGCUUCGAUCCUCAAUGCCGUUGAAGAGGGUCGUCGUAUCUUUGAUAAUAUUCAGAAAUUUGUGCUUCAUCUGUUAUCAGAAAACAUCGCUCAGGCCUGUACCUUGCUCAUCGGGUUGGCUUUCAAAGAUGCCGAUAAUCAAUCUGUCUUCCCUCUGUCACCGGUUGAGAUAUUGUGGGUUAUCAUGAUCACAUCAGGUAUGCCUGACAUGGGCCUUGGAAUGGAGGUGGCUGCCCCUGACAUCAUGAGCCGUCCUCCCCAGAGUAAGCAAGGCAUAUUCACCUGGGAGGUGAUCAUCGACAUUCUGGUGUAUGGUAUAUGGACCGCAGCGCUCUGUCUGGCGGCAUUCUCUGUCCGCAUGUGGGGAUUCGGCGACGGUAACCUGGCCCGUGGCUGCAACAAGGAGUGGUCAGAAGAGAUCAAAGAUUGCGAACUAGUCUUCCGAGCACGAGCCACCACGUUCGUGUGCCUGACUUGGUUUGCCCUGUUCCUGGCUUGGGAAAUGGUCAACAUGCGCCGGUCGUUCUUCCGCAUGCAGCCAAAAUCCAAUAAAUACUUUACUCAGUGGAUGUACGACGUCUGGCGGAACAAGUUCCUUUUCUGGUCCAUCAUGGCCGGAUGGAUCACCAUGUUCCCUAUCCUCUACAUCCCCGUUUUGAAUGACGUCGUCUUCAAACAUAAGCCCAUCACCUGGGAAUGGGGCAUAGUGGCGGUCGAGGCUGUUCUGUUCUUCAUCGGCGUUGAAGCCUGGAAAUGGGCUAAGCGAGUCUUCUUCCGUCGCAGAGCCCGAAACUAUCCGAAAUUGAGUCCGUUAGAAGACGUCCCGGAGCGACCCUAA